CCUUCGCUCCCUUUCCCUCCGCUUCAAAAUCUCUCAGUUCUUCGCAGCUCAAGACUCUGAAGCCUCCAACUUUCUCAUUCCUUUCCCUCCACCCCGCAUUUUCCCGGAGAAAGAAAGAAACUUUCCGGCAAAAAAAGAGUGUUGCGAUGUGGGUAUCUUUUCUUUUCACCUCCGCUUAAUUCAGAAGAAUUUCUCAAAGUCUAAGCGUAAGAUGCCAAGAGUGUGGUUCUCUCUGAAAAGAUCUCUUCACUGCAAAACAGAAACUUCAGAUGUUCACGUCCCAAAAUCGACGAACCAUUUAAGCGCAAUCUCCACCAGACAACCCGGAAGAAGAUCCGGGUGCUCCAGAAGCAUCGCCAAUCUCAAAGACGUCAUUAAUGGAGGAAACAGCAGGAGGCACUUCGAUAAGCCUCCGAGUUGCAGCCCGAGAUCCAUCGGAAGCAGCGAGUUCCUCAACCCAAUUACCCAUGAAGUCAUUCUCAGCGACUCCACCUGCGAGCUCAAAAUCUCCGGCGGCGGCGACGGACGCUCAGCAUUCCUGGGCACUCUAAGGCCUGGAACUCCGUCUUCGUUCAGGAACAGUGCUUCUUCUACUCCAAGGAAGUCAUCAUCUCCUUUUCUCGUAUCAGACUCGGGAGGAGGAUUUGUAACAAGCAGAAGGUUCUCAAUUGAGGUAGAUUCAAAUGGGUGUUCCUCUGCGAGUUGUCGCAAAUGUGGAGAGAAACUUAGUAAAUGGGAAGAUGCUGAGUCUCAUCAUCUUGCAAAACAUGCAGUGACAGAACUUGUGGAAGGAGACUCAUCAAGGAAAGUAGUGGAGAUAAUUUGCAGAACUAGCUGGUUGAAGCCGGAGAAGAACAAGCAGCAGCUUGACUGUUCAAGAAUAAUGGACAAGAUUCUGAAAGUGCACAAUACUCAGAAAACCGUAGCUCGAUUCGAAGAGUACAGAGAGAGAGUGAAGAUGAGAGUCAGCAAGCUCCAGAAGAAGCACCCUCGCUGCCUCGCCGACGGCAACGAGCUUCUUCGCUUCUACGCCACCACUCUCUCAUGCUCCCUCGGCUUCAACACCAACAGUCCGUGCGUUUCUGAGAGUUGCUGUGUCUGCAGAAUCAUCAGAAAUGGCUUCUCAGUCAAGGAGGAGGUGAAGAGUGGGAACGGUAUCGGUAUAUUCACAGCGUCGACGAGCGGAAGAGCGUUGGAGAGUGUGGAGGAUGACGACGACGAAGGUGGUGGUGGGGGGAACGAAGAAGGAAGUGAUCAGAAGAAGAAGAAGGCACUGAUAGUGUGCAGGGUUAUUGCAGGUAGGGUUCAUAGGCCAUUGGAGAAUGUGAAGGACAUGGUUGGCUUGCAGAGUGGGUUUGAUUCUUUGGCCGGCAAACUUGGGGUUUAUUCUAACAUUGAGGAACUUUAUGUGCUUAAUCCCUCUUCUCUUCUUCCUUGUUUUGUUGUCAUUUGUAAACCUUGAUGCAAAAACUACUGGCUUAAUCUCCUCAGCAUAUAUUUACUAGCCGUCAAUUGUUAGCCUUAAA